AAAACAAUCAGUACUUCGCGUGUAAACAAACUAGAAACGUCGAACGCCCGAACGACGAAGAACUCCCAACCGGCAACAAACAAAAAAGAAAAAAUAAAACAAUAAUUUAGAUUAAGAAUGAAUGACCUCUCCAGCUAAUGAAUUUAUAAUAUUUAGUGCUGUAGUUUAGAAAACAUCGACGUCACAUAAUACAUGAAUACAAACAUAUGAAGUGGUCGAAUUUGUUUAAAAUUUUCAAAAGAAAAAACAAUAAAAUGGCCCUGUUUAAUAAACAAAAAUCGGAGAAUAAAGCUGCGGAUGAUUGGAAAAGGUCGAAUAUUUCUAGGACAACUCCAUCAUAUAGAAAACACCUAUUUAUAACAACUGAAAGCUGGUUAGAGGGCAAACACACUGAUGAUGAGGCUGAGGGACUGUGGCGUAUUUACGAUACCUUGUACGAUUUCACGCCCUUCAUUUCUAAGCAUCCAGGAGGCUCAUUUUGGUUGGAAAAAACCAAAGGUACCGAUAUUACAGAACCAUUUGAAACACAUCACAUUAAGGGUAUUUCUCCACUGCUGCUGCAAAAAUAUAAAGUACGUGAGGCUUUGAAGCCAAGAAAUUACACAUUCACUAUGCAUGAGAAAGGUUUUUAUAAAACGCUCAAAAAUCGUGUCGCUGAAACGCUUAAGGAUUUAGAUUAUAGUCCCGUAAAAAAGUCUAACUUAUUCCAUUUGAGUCUUUUGACCUCAACAUUGUUGUGUUCCGUACUGUCAGCACUUAAUGCUGGCUUUAUAUUUGAACUAAUUGCGGGUCUAUCUCUAUGUUGGCUCAGCACUUCAGCCCACAAUUAUUUCCAUCAAAAGGAUAAUUGGCAGAUGUAUACAUUCAAUUUCACACUGAUGAAUUUUGCUGAAUGGCGUAUAUCACACGCGAUCUCUCAUCACGUCUAUACCAAUUCUCUAUACGACUUGGAAAUGUCGCUAUUUGAGCCCUUCCUAUGCUGGAUUCCCAAUGAACAUAUUUCCUCCAAAGUGAAGCGUAUUUUAUCUGUAAUAAUUCAACCGAUUUUUUAUGUUGCCAUAUAUCCAUUCCACUUCUUACAAAGAUUUUUACGUUCUGUUUUUGUAAAAAAUGAACUAUUGUGGCAUGAUAUCAUUGGAUUCUCUUUGCCUGCUCUAAUGUUUAUUUUCUCCAAUGCUUCUCCAGCAAAUAUUUUACUGCAAUGGUUUCGUAUUGUUGGUAUAGGUAGUUUUCUAUUUGGUUUAAUUGGUCUUAAUGCUGCCCAUCAUAUACCAACUAUUUAUCAUGACGGCGAUGCCAAUCGUAAGGAUCGUGACUGGGGUCUUUAUCAAUUGGAUACUGUUAUUGAUCGUGGUGAUAUUAAGGGAUCUCAAUUCAUGGUUCUCACUCAUUUCGGCGAGCAUGCAUUGCAUCAUUUAUUCCCCACUUUGGAUCAUGGCGUACUGCCACAAUUAUAUCCAGUCUUUACAAAAACACUUGAAGAAUUCAAAGAAGAGUUGAGAGAGUGUACAUUUUUAGAACACAUCGUUGGACAAAAUCAGCAAUUGUUGAGAACAAAACCAAAUCCUGUGCCACCAUGCCAAAGAAAUAAAAAAAAAUAUUGAAAAGAAUAUCAAGUAGAUAAAAAAAAGUUUUUAAAAAAAGGUUAAGGUGUGAUAUAAAUAAAUUAUUGUAAUGAGUUUUUUUAAAGAAAUGAUAAAUACUUUUAUUCAAUUAAGGUUUAGUGUAAAAAAGUAAUUUCGAAAUAUCCUUUUUAUACUUUGAUACUCAAAAUAAAGUUAAUGUUUGUUUAAGUCGACUUUGUUUAAAAAAAUAGAAUUUCAGGUUUUUCCGCACCAUAAAAAAUAUUUUUACAACUUUUUCAAACAUAUACAAAAAAUUAAAAAUACUUAUCAAUGAAUUUAAAUAAUAAAAAAAGGAUAUUAAAAAAAAAUUAAAAAACAAACAGCCUAACCACAAA